AUGGUGUCGCAUAACGAUAGCGAUACGCUAUGGAACUUCAUGGGCUUCGUUCAGCGUACUGCAAUGGGCCUAUCACUCCAUCGAGAUCCAGAGCCCCUGGAAGGUAUGAGCCCAUUCGAGAAGGAGAUGCGAAGACGCCUAUGGGCAACGAUCGUGUUUCUCGAUUUGCAUGUCGCUAUCGGAUCCGGCAUGCCGACACUUAUCCGCCCUCAAGACUAUUCGACUCGGCCACCAGCAAAUAUCGACGAGGACCAACUGUCGGUGGACAUGGUACAUACGCCACAAGGCGCUUUCCCAGAGCAUACCACAUCCACAUUCCAGACGCGGUUGGCGGAGAUAUUACCUGACAUCUGCGCAAUUAUCUCGAACAUCAAUUCCGCCGCACCCGAUCUAAAAUAUAAAGAUGUCCUCGAAUUCGACGCCAAACUCCGACAAUCGUUGAAAGCAUCGCUGGCUUGCGUCUCAAGCCGGCGAAAUCCAGUAAUCGGACCCAAAUCACUGGAUCGUCCUCAUAUCCAAUCGUCGAUGCUUCAGUUGUUUGUCCGAGGAGUGAUGCUUGCCUUGCACUGUCAUUACUUCAUGGACCCUGAGAAGCACCCAGACUACCAAACAUCAUACUGGGCGGUUCUUGACUGCUCGUUGGCUAUUCUCGGCCAGCAACGGCAGAUCUACGACGCCAACUCAUCGGAACUUCCGACUACCUGGUUCAACGACAUUAACCAGGGUUCGUAUUUUAUCGCGGCAGCGCACGUGACGCUUGGAAUCAAGCAUGGGAGUUUUUUAAGCGGUCCAAUGGCCUUGAUCGGAUCGUCCGCAAACGAGACGGCUUGGAUGCUAAUGGAUUCCCUCGCGAGUAUCUCCGAGGAAGAUGUUGGUCGGUCGGUGGAGUAUUUCAAGCGGUACAGCGCCUUCUACCAAAGAUAUGCGACCUUGCAAGCCUUGGUGAACGGCGGCGACACCGAACAGGCCAGGAAUGAUGCAUUCGAGCAUAUCAUCAAGGUGGUGAGUGAGAAGGCGGCCGAACUGUAUCCGAGCCCGUUCUAUGGAUGA